CUUUCUGAAGACUCCGCCUCGUCUCAUUCCCUCAUCUCAUACGCGAUGGCAGGAUUCUUUGAAUCCGUAUUGCAAUGGUUCAUUGGAAUAUUCUUCUCCAAGUUAGCUGAAAUAGCUGUAAUUGGCAUCCAGGCCUCCGGAAAGACGUCCCUUGUAAAUGUUAUUGGGUCAGGACAGUGGAGUGAAGAUGUCGUGCCAACUGUCGCAUUCAAUUUUAGGAAAGUUAGAAAGGGAAACAUAACCUUCAAGAUAUGGGACGUUGCUGGACAACCCAAAUUCCGGUCCAUGUGGGAACGGUAUUGUAAUGGAGUUGAUGCCAUUGUUUUCGUUGUCGAUUCCGCGGAUAAGGAAAAAUUUAAUAGCGCCCGUUUCGAACUGCAUCAGCUACUUGGUCAACCUUCACUCUCCGGGGUCCCUCUGCUAGUGCUCGGCAACAAGAGUGAUAUCGAAGGGCAUGCUUCUGUGAAAGAACUGAUUAAGGAGCUACAACUAGACAAAAUCACCGACAGACCGGUCUCAUGUUACUCGUGUUCCAUGAAAAGUCAGCACAACCUUGGUGUUAUUAUGCAGUGGCUGUCGGAACGAGGCCAUUAGCUGUGCUCGUUACGAGCUCUCUUCCCCAUCGGUCUUAUUAAAUAAAUUAUUGUAUCCAGCGUUUUCUGUGCUUAGUUUUCUGUGCAUCUUAUCGGAUCCUGUUACGUCUUCAAACUCUGGAUUAUGGAAUUAAUGUCUAUCUUCGUUUCGCCAUUUGGACCGUCAGGUUGUCGAUAUACAUUUGCAGUGUUUCAUUCCCGGAAGUCUGCUUAUCGACCUCCUUCUGAACAGUUUGC